CAAACCUAAGCUAUCUCAGCGUCUCAACUUCCUGCCUAGGUCACGCUUUCCUCCGUCGCCGCUCUACUUUCGCUACCACUUGGCACGGAUGCAGCUCGCGAGGGCGCUAACCGCCACGUGUCGCAAUGCGGUGAGGCAGCGCGGGACCGUGGUGGUAGCACAGGGCGUGCCGGCGGCGGUGCAGCAGCGGCAUCAGAGCGGCCUCGCCGACUUCUUCGAGCAGGACCGCACCGCCGACGCGCCCGUCACCACCGGGCGCGGGUGGCAGGCGUGGGAGCUGCGGCACAAGUCGUUCGAGGACCUGCACGCGCUGUGGUACGUGCUGCUCAAGGAGAAGAACCUGCUCUACUCGCAGAAGCAGAUGCUGCAGUCGCAGGGCCGCCGCAUGGUGCAGCCGCACCGCAUCCGCCUCGUGAAGGCAUCAAUGUGCAGAAUAAAGCAGGUGCUAACGGAAAGAGCACUGGCUGUAGAGGAUCCUGAUAAGAGAUGGUUCUAUAAGAAGAUUAUCAACGACAUGUAAACUGCAUGCAGAGUGAAAGAUAAUGCUGUACGGGUACUUAGUGUUGGGGCCUAGAGAAACAUAAAUUUAUAGCCAGAGGGAGACUAAACGUAUGAUAUAAUCCACUAUUCUGAAUACUGA